GUCAUACCGCUUAAACCUGGAUAAUUUCACCAUGCGCGCAGCUGAGCUGAAAGGAACCUCAGACCGCUGCGUUGUGCUCAAGAUCGCCAACAAGAGGUUUCUGGACUUUAUCAAGAAGAGCCAGCGUGAGAAGCCCUUUCUACAAGCUUGUCGCGGCCAAGCCUUGGAAAAGCAGCAAAUUGUCCGAGAGCACAUCAAGGUCCUGCUUGAAAGAUGGUCCAUCGAGGAGCAGAACGAACUGCUCCGAAAAGGCAUCCUCACUGUGAAGAAUGUGCCUGAAGAAGCCGUGGAUCCAAACAAAUUCCGCAUGACAUACCGGGGCGUCAAGGCCACCAUCACGAUCCGAAAUGCUGCCAAUCUAUCGAGCGAUGGCUGGUUUGACAAGCUCGACCCCUAUGCCAUUGCACGCUUCCGUGGAAGUCGUGAGGAAGUCAGAACCAGCGUCCUCGCGGAUGCUGGUGGAGAUCCAAUCUGGGAUUGUGCAGGCUCCGUCAUCUACAAUGGCGAGGUGGCUCUUGAAAUCUCAGUUUGGGAUUACGACCGAUACAGUGCCGACAACCUGUUGGCCACUGGGGUUGUCCAGGUGGAACAGUUCUGCACCGGCUUUGAUGGCAUGAUUCCUUUGAGUGUGGCUGGUGACCGAAGAAAGCGCGCAACGAAGCAAGCGAUGAUUACGAUUGGCGUCAUGUUUGAUCGACCCAUGCAAGAGGACAUGUCGGAAACUGGCCUAUCGUCCCUGAAGCUACGAUAGGCCACGCGCAAAACAGCUUGCAGCCAGUGGCAUGCUUGGCCGGCAUUGGGACUUGUGCAGCGCGUGCAAGUCCAAAUGCAAAAGGAACCUUGGCCGUGAAGCUUCCUCGUUGAACCUUUAGGAUUCCUGAAUUCAUUCUGCAGCUUGCACGGAAUUACGUGGAUACUUUGGGCGCUGCAUGGGCUGUGCCAUCUUGCGAAAUCGCAAGUCUGACACAGGCCAGCUCCAAGACGGGGCCAUUUGCUGCUUCAAUUCCAAUUCUGGCGUCCCAACCGUUGCAGCAUGGCAAGCAGCAACCAG